CCCUCUUUCAACCCCAAACCCGCACGUGACUGUCUGGAACGCGGGCGCACCGCGCAAUACCAGCAGCCUUUUUCUUCCACUGAACUCUCUCAACUUGCAACUGGGCCUCCGCCAUUAGUCGCCGGCAACUCCACUGCGGAAAACGCGCCGGAAAAUCAACUAACCGAUUAAAAUACUCCACCCAACUGCAAUACAGAAUUCUGUGCUCUAUCUCGAACUUUUUCGCUCUACUUGGAGGCUUCAUAUUGAGCUAUAGAAGUUGGGGAAUGGAUAUUGCGGUAAUAACUUUGGUUUUGAGCUUCUUAUUGGGUUUGUUGCUUGUCAUCCCUCGGCUGCGAAAAUGUGGUGAUCAAGGGAAACAGGUACAUUCAAAUGCCAAUUCCAAGGCUUAUAAGACAUACUCUAAAGCUGAAGUUUCAUUGCAUAACAAGCGGGCAGACUGUUGGAUCAUCAUUAAAGAUAAGGUUUAUGAUGUUACCUCGUAUGUAGAAGAACACCCCGGUGGUGAUGCCAUCCUCGCACAUGCAGGUGAUGACUCAACGGAAGGCUUCUAUGGGCCACAGCAUGCUACCCGAGUAUUCGACAUGAUUGAAGACUUUUACAUUGGAGAUCUGCAAAACUAACAUUUGUCUAACGAUAAACAAGUAAUCCUAGGCUUAUCUGCCCAUAUGAGGCAUUUUCUGGUUGUGAUAAUCUUCUUGCUUUCAUUAUGUUGUGCCUUCGCAUUGUUUCCCAUUUUUCUGCUGCUGCUAUCCAACUAAUGCCUUUCAAGAUCA